GUCUUGCAUGCUUUGCCGGCGAGAAAUCACCUUCUUGCAGAAAACCCGGGAAAAGGGGAACGUCUGCUAGGCUACGUUUAGUUAUGCCUGGCGUCGUAUUUUUUGCAACCCAAGGGAGCAUUCCUAGGAGGCGUUUUGAAACCCCUUAGUGGCACGACUGCCCUACCACCCGCCCUGGUUCCUUCUCUGGGUCCGGUUUGGGACUUGGUUUAGACGAGAGGCGAGCGGAGGCGAGGAGUUUUGCUGCGGGACUUUGCACGGGUUCAGUUUUUCGUGUCAACAGUGCCCUCAACCCGUGCAAAACAGCUAUGGAUCCUUAGAUUGCUCUACCUUCUAUUGCACUUGCUUGCAUGCGUUGGUAGCUGGCACGUAUUUUGGCCGAGUUUAAAUGAGAUUCAGUUCGAGCUCAUGAAAAGUUAGAAAUCCUUUGUGUAAGAAAUUUAUAUAUUAUAAUUUCAAAUAGAACAUCAUGGCUGCUCAAGGAGGGAAGGGGUCAGUCCGGAAAUUAAAGCAAAUUAUUGUCAAGACAUCUUUAAACAGCCCGUAUGCCCUCCAGUGGAGUCCCUUGGACAGAACAGAUAUGCACUUCAUACUGGAAGCCUUGGAAGAUGUUAUAAAGCAGCUUGGGCUUAAAAAGAUAGAGUUUCGGAAGAAGAAAAAACCCUCUACAUCAAAAAAGGAAGAUAAAGAACAAUUGCAGGGUGGUUCCAGCAAACCUCCAGAACAAAAUGAAACAGAAGACACUAGAGCACAUGGGUGGACUGAUUUGAACAUCAGAGGCCAACUUGCUAUUGGGAUCAAUGAAGUAACCAGAGCUUUGGAAAAAAAUGAACUGCUUUUAGUGCUCGUGUGUAAAUCUGCCAAACCUACCAUGAUCACAUCACACCUUAUUCCUCUCAGUGCCAGUCGGGGUGUCCCCGCCUGUCAGGUUCCCCGCCUGAGUGAAAGAUUGGCACCGGUUCUUGGGUUAACAUCAGUCCUAGCACUAGGAUUUAAACAGAGCGCUGAUGCUUUUGCAGAAGUGGCCAAAGCAAUCAUUCCACGAAUUCCCAGCUUAGAUGUGCCGUGGAUUCAACAUGGAAAUGAACAGCCCCCUGUGAGUGAAGAGAUUCAGCCAAUGGAUUUGCAGGCCACUGAGCUGGCCCAAUCAGAACCUGGAAAGUGCACUUCAAGCCACAAUCAGAAAAGAACUGUCAGCAGCCGGCUUCUCUCUCCCACGACAACGCUGCAAGCUCUCAAAGUGAAAAAAAUAGUUCCCAACCCAAACAAGAGAAGAAAACUUCCUAAAACUAAAAAACGAAUUUCAAAAUAACUGACUAGAUUAAUUUAGUCCCUAAAUUGGUAUUUGUGUGUUUGUGUGUGUAUCUGCAAAAACUACAAGUGACGUUUGGAGCACCUGGCAAACAAGGUUAUACCAGCUCCUGUUUUAUGGUCUUGCGUCCUGUUCCCAUUGGGGGCUGAUAGGGAUGGGAGAGAAAUCUGGAAAUUUUAAACCUUUCUCCUCCUUGUCUAAGCAGAAGGCAUGUACACAAACAAGAGUUGAAGAGAACUGUAAGUAAGGAAGAUGCUUACUAUAUGUGAGACCAACGUCGUAAUAAAUAUUUAGCAGGUUCACAAA